AUGGUCAUCGGGGAUUCCAUCUCCCACGGCCGCGAAGGCGACUGGACAUGGCGGUAUCGCAUCUGGCAAUGGCUCGUCCGCGACGAAGGGCUCCCCAACGUCCGUUUCGUCGGGCCCUACAAAGGCACCGUGCCCCCCGACGAGGCGCACCCUCCACGCCCGCCUCGAUGCCCGGACGACCCGGCCGAGCUACCCGCGCCGCUGCGGACUGACGGUGGGUACGCAGCGGGCGCCGAGGCGGAUUUCCUGGAUAACUCGGACCACUUCGCGGCGAGUGGACAGCAAGUCUGCCAGGCGAAAGACCUUGUGAAGGCGCAGGUGGCGGUGUAUCAGCCGGAUGUGUGUCUGGUCCAGCUCGGGUUUAAUGACCUCGGCUGGCGGAUGUGUGGGCCUCUCGUGGCGCUGACGGAUAUGAAGUGUUUGGUGGACGAGGUGAGGGCGGCGAAGCCGGAUGUGAAGUUGGCUAUUGCCGAUAUCCCGCAGCGGACGGAUCUUCCGGGGAGAGAGGACUUGCCGGUGGAUACUAGGGUUUACAAUAGCAUGCUGGCGCAGGUGAUUCCUUACUGGAGCACGCCCAAGUCACCGAUUGCGCUGGUGCGGUUUUGUGAUAACUAUUCUUGUGGCGGAUCUAAAUCGGAUGCUGCAUAUGAUGGGCUUCAUCCUAACGCCCUGGGGGACUACGAGCUCGCCCAGGCCUUCUCGCGGACAUUGGUGUCAGCCUUUAGCAUCGGUCGCAGUUCUCUCGUGAUUCCUAAACACAUACCCCCCCGACCUCUGAGCACGCCGGCAGGGUUGAAGGCUAUCUCUACGCCAGGCGGGAUUGUCGUCAAGUGGGAACCCGUCUAUGGCGCUCUGGGGUACUGCCUUCAGCGCAGGUUGGCUGGUGAACGCGACUGGACGACCAAUGAGUUAAACUGCACCACGUACUACUGGCCCCCACAGCGGAAAGGCGAAGUGAUCGAGUGUCGAGUACGCAGCAACGGUGGUGAUUCCGUCCACUCGCCCUGGAGUGACAUCGCUUCGGCCGUGGCGAAGCCAGAGACAGCAUCCCCGCCGAGCAAUAUCAUCACUCACGCAACCGCAGACGGGUUUGCUAUUUCCUGGGACACCCCCCGACGUCCGUAUGCCGGCGAGAUUGACCGAUAUGGGAUCCUGUACUUUGAUGGAGACCAGCCCGGCGCGUUUCCCAGCCUCGUGGGCGCGCGAGGAAACAAGACUAAACUCACCGGUCUCGUACCCGGCCACCGGUACUUCAUCAACAUGUCGACCUGGACCACCGCUGGGGAAGGGCGCUACGCAUCCGCCCACGCUGUGAUUGUGGGCAAGGGGAAACCGCAGACACCAACCCCUGUGCGUGCGAAAGCGCUCGAUGCGCAGAAUCUCGAGCUGAGUUGUCCCGAGGUCGAUGGUGCGGCCGGGUACUCGAUCUGGAUCCGGGGACACGGCCAUCUCGAACUGCGAGUACCCCCGAAAAAGACGGCAGAGACAACGCCCGCUAGACAGGAGAAGGGAUCAUCGCUCGAGCCAAGCAUGGUCACCAUUGCCAUCUGGGCAUCGCCGUCGAUUUGGGACUACGAGUACGCCAUCAGCGCGUAUAACGGCGACGACGAGUCGGAUCAGUCGAAUUGGGUGUUUCCCCCACGGCUGGAUUCUGUGGAUGUCUCGUUGACUCAGGGCGAUGCCAUUCACGUCCAGGUCCGCUACGGAUGA